AUGGGAGAUAAACUCAAAAGUGAAAGAAGAAAGUGUUACGAAGCUCGAGAUAAAUACGUUGAGUGUGUUGAACGAUUUUUGGAUCAAGGAAAAAACGAAACAGAGGUUGGUUUGAAAAAAUUGGAACUUGACUUUGGUGGACCAGAGAACCAUUAAAUAAAAAUUAUUUUUUAAAACUUGGAAUUUAGAAAAAAAAAAACAAAUUUUUGAAAUCUAUCCAAUUUUACGAAAAAAAUAGUUCUCCGGUUUUUUUUUUAUUCAGAAAAGUAUCACUUUUUCACAUAUUUUGAUGAAUUCUGGGGUUUUUAUGCAGCUUUAAAAUUAAUUUAAAAUGUUUAUAAUUUAAUAAUUUACUUUGAUCGAAUGAAGAAUUAUUGAAAAUAUAGAUCAAGCUGAUGUUGUAGCAUCUGUUUCAGCUUCUGUGGUUGCAUCUGUUUCUGCUUCAGUUGUCGAUUCUGUAGUAGCUUCAGUUGUAGCAGGUGUGGUGGUAGUUGUGGUAGUAGUAGUAGUUGUUGUUGUCGUCGAAGUUGCUGCCGAAGCGCGACGAUCGAAAAAAUCUCGAAUAUUUUGGUUUCAAAUUAUAAAUAACUUACUGUAUUGUCCAUUUGUAUGACAAGAAUCAACUACCAAAAGAAAACAUACAAAAAUUAUAAAAACUUUGCUAGACAGCAUAAUGUUCGAUGUUUUAUAUUAAUUAAAAAUUUUCGAAAUCAUUUUAUAGAGACUGAAAGCAAUAAAACAAUCAAGUUCCACUUUUUAAAUCAAAAAAGUUUUGUUGAUUUCGUUAUUUUAUGAUGUGGUUUUAAUUGGGGAAAUUAUGAAAAUGGGAAAAUUGCCAUUUUCAUGUUUUGAACUUUUAUUGCCUUUUUUCACCACCAAACUACACAGAAUUGAUGAGGUGAUUCAAAUAGAAAAAACCGAAUUAGAAGCAGUUUUUGUCUUAUUCUUUUUAGGAAGAAAAUAAAAAUAUCUUUACAAUUUUUUCAUUAAAAACAAUUUUCUGGAACAUUGAAUUUAUUUUUUUCAGGCGAAUAAUUUGUGCAAAAAAGAAAGAAAAGGAUUUGAUAGUGAUUGUCCAGCUUCUUGGGUUACUCAUUUUUUGAGAAAAUAUCAAUUCGAAAGGUUUGUUUUGAAAGAUCAAGCUCACAAAAAUACAAAUUUUCAGAUACAAGAAAACUCUUUCUGAACAAGGUGUAAAUAUUGUUGACAAAAAUGCAUUGUCUUCGGAAUAGUUUUCAAUCUGUCAGGUUUUUCAGUGAGGUUGGUUUAUUUUCAAAAAAUUUUCAGAAAUAUUUAUUUUGCAGAAACUACUCACUCCAUCUGCUGAAUCAAUGCUCCAAAAAGGAUAUUCAAUUCCGGAUAAAAUAGAAAUAUCGAAAACUCUUAGCGAAAUUUUAAGGUUGUUUUAGAAACUUCUAAUGAAAGUUUAUAGAUAAUUUUUGGUGUUUUGUAUUUCAGAACAUCUUUAUAUCAUGAUCCAAUUGUUCGAGAAAAUUGUUUGAAAUUAUUAGAAGCGAAAAAAGGAAAUAUGAUGGACAAAGAUAUUGUUGAAGGAACUCGAGUUAUGGCAACUUUCUUUUUCUGCGAAAAAAACAACAAGAAAUUGAGAGAGAAAUAUUUGAAAAUAUCAGAAAGUUUUCCAAUUUGCAAACAGAAUAUUUUGAAAAAAAGAAGUUGAUUUAAUUAAACAAUCAAUGAAUUUGAAAAAUAUUGAAGUCGAUCUUCCAACAUUUGAAAAAUGUCUCUAUAAGGUUUAGUUUUUAUUUAAAAUCAUUUUUAGCGCAUUUUUUUCACAUGUUUGUUUUUCAGUCUGAUGUGAUCAAUUUUUAUUUCAAGAAACAAAUAGAAUUGGAAAAUUAUGAAAUUCUGAAAGAAAUUAUUAUAAAUCAUGGAGAUUUUAUCGAUUUAUAUGAAAGCAUCGAAGAUAUUUGCAAAAAAUGA